AUGUACAUGUUGAAAUAUAGUUUGAGAAGUAUUGGUGCAAUCUGUUCCAUAUUAUGGAAACAUGACAAAAAUCCAGAAAUAGUUAACUUUAUGAAAAAUAACUACAGACCAGACUUUACCUAUCCCGAUUUCGCAUCUCAGUUUACAGCUGAGUUUUAUAACCCCGCUCAGUGGGCUGAUAUAUUCCAAGCUUCCGGAGCAGAAUAUAUUGUUUUUGGAAGCAAACAUCAUGAAGGGUUUACAAAUUGGCCAUCUAACUAUUCUUUUAAUUGGAACUCGAUGGCUGUUGGUCCGAAAAGGGAUUUGGUUGGUGAUCUUGCUAAAGCUAUUAGACAGAAUACCUCUAUACAUUUUGGCUUGUAUCAUUCUUUAUUUGAAUGGUAUAAUCCCUAUUACUUACAAGACAAAGCAAAUAAUUUCUCUACACAAUAUUUUGUAAAUGGUAAAACAAUGCCAGAAUUAUACGAAUUGGUAAAUAACUAUAAACCGGAAAUCAUUUGGUCUGAUGGAGAAUGGGAAGCUUCUAGUGAUUACUGGGAUUCUAAACAGUUUAUCGCCUGGUUGUAUAAUGACAGUCCGGUAAAAGAUACGGUAGUGACUAAUGAUAGAUGGGGUAAAGAUUCCACUUGUCAUCAUGGUGGAUAUUUAACCUGUCAAGAUAGAUAUCAACCAGGUGUUUUACAGAAAAGGAAAUGGGAAAAUGCCAUGACAAUAGACAGACAAUCUUGGGGUUUUAGACGUAACGCUGCUCUCGAUGAAUAUUUAACAACAGAUGAACUUAUUGAUACGUUUGUUGAAACUGUCAGGUUGAUUUUACCAUAA